CUAUCAAUGUCUGUCAAUGUCUGGCUCUAUGGUCUGGCUGAUAAUAAACAAAUCUAAAAAUCGUUUUUUAAAGAAAACAAGUUGAAACGAAGCAAAAUAUCAUGUCCUCCACACUAUUAGUUCAAAAACUGGCGUCAGUUAAGUUAAGCAAAAGUGAAUUUGACAAAAUUAAAUGGCUUAAAGCUAACAACAUGGAGAAAUCAUAUAAGGCCUUAACUUCUCUAAGAAAGGUGCUGAAAGCCCAAGAAAAUAAGAAUAUUUGUAGACUGUGCCUAAAAGUAGGCUGCAAGAAGAUAUUUAGCAGUCAAGACUUUGACAUUGUAGCAGGGAUCAGGCAAAUAUUACAUGUACAGGUAGAAGAAAAUGAUGGCAAGCCUCAACACAUUUGUCGAGCAUGUGAAGUUGUGCUGAAAAGUGCUGUGAAGCUGAAAGAAACCGCUGAGGUCUCUCAAUGGAGGCUACAUCAGGAACUUGAAAUGGUGAGUCGCAUUACGCCAGAAAGUGACAUGAAAGUUACCAGACAUCACGGCGGGUAUUUCAUAAAAAGAGGCGCGAAAAUCGUGAGGGAAUGGGCCUGUGGAAAAUGUAGACAGACUUUUGUUAGUCAGGAGGCGUUCACAGAACAUGAGGCGUUGCCGACUUGCCGUAGUGAUAACAAGAGUUUUGUAUGUGAAACUUGCGGCCUGGAGCUCAAGUCCAUGACUAGGUUAAAAAGGCAUAGGCUAAUACACACGGGCGAGCUGCAGUACUCGUGCUCUAGUUGCGCGUACCGCGCUCGCACUAAGUACGCACUGGUGGUGCACUCGCGCUCGCACUCGGGCGAGCGGCCGCUGUCCUGCACACACUGCGCGGCUACAUUCUUCAACUCGUCCAAUCUAGCGUCGCAUAAACGCAGGCAUUUGCCGCCGGCGUUUCAUUGUGAGUUGUGUGAAAGGAGCUUUAGGUUCAAGGAGGCUCUACAAAAUCAUCAAGCAACUCAACACAGUUCAGCAAAGCCACAUAUUUGUAACUCAUGUGGGAAAGCCUUUUCUACCAGAAAGAUGAUAUGCCGCCAUGAGCGAAGAGUCCACAACAGGCCCAGGUUGCGAUCAGGAGUAACUCCAACAUACUUACGACAACAACAGGAGAACUUAACAUGAUCUACUGCAUGUAAUACCUAAGCAGCUGUGAAGAGAUUGACUGCAUCACUGAAUGUGACUAAAGCCAAAGUUCACAAACAACAUAAACAUCAGAUUUUCUUAAAACUGUAUACUUUAUAACUUGGAUGUGAAAAUUCAUAGUAUGCAGUUGUUGCAAGGAAAUUGGUGUUUAUGUCGACCGAGAACUCGGGCCGUAUUUUGAGCAUGUGAAAUAUUUGCUUAUUGUAUGGGAUGCAAAAAUUUAUUUGUAGAAAGUUCAGUUAAUUAAAUUAUAUCGAAAAUUGCAUCAGAAAGUUAUUACUGCAACAACAGUUAAUAUAUUGUUGUAAGCAACCUUUUACAAAUUGAAUAUUUAGCGUCUGGACUGAAAAUUUAUGUUUAUAAAUUAAUAUUUGUGUGGAGGGAGUUGACUUAUUUUGCAUCAUCUGACUACAGGUGUCUUGUUUGUUUAGAAGAACUUUAGAAUGUAAGAUCUAUAGACUUGAAAUAAAUUAUGAUAAUAUGUCAAAAA